UCUCAAAGGCGCUAAUAUAUUUUCGGAAUGAUAAACAUGGCAGCGAAUUUGUAUACACGAUUUUUCCUAAUAACAUAUUUUUCCAGUCACUAUUAGUUGCGUUGUAUUAAAAUGGGCGAUGACGAUGACUGGCAAAAACUGUCUAUUGAAGAUAAAGUUAGUCACAAGUUAUGGAAAGCUCGACUUGCUGGUUAUGAAGAAGCUGCUAAAAAGUUUCGCUUAAUUGACAGUGAUAAAAGUCCAGAGUAUCUAAAUUUUUUAGGAAGCAUAAAAAAUUUUGUUACUGACUCUAAUGCAGCAGCUCAAGAAAAGGGACUGGAAGCUGCCCUUUCAUUUGUUGAAAAUGCAGCUUGUGCUUCAAAAUGUUGUUCAGAUGUUGUCACUGGUAUAAUUUCAAAAGUAUUGACAGCCAGACCUAAGUCUAAACAAUUAGGAGUUGAUAUUUUGCUUAUGUUUAUUGAAAUUGAAAAACAAGAUGUUGUGAUGGAAGAGCUUGUAAAUGGUUUUUCCCAAAAAAAUCCAAAAGUUAUUGCUGCUUGCAUAUCAACUUCUUGUCAGGCAUUACGAGAGUUUGGAGGUAAGGUUAUUAUGAUGAAAGGUCUUGUCAAACUUAUUCCAACUCUGCUCAGCCACAGUGACCAAGGUGUUAGAGCUGAGACUAAAGAGCUUGCCAUUGAAAUCUUUAAAUGGAUUCGAGAUGCAAUUAAACCUCAGCUUUUAAAUAUUAAACCAGUUCAACUUAAAGAACUUGAAGAUGAAUGGCAAAAACUAGAAGCCGUUCCACCAGUUCCAACAAGGUUUACACGAUCCGAACAAGCAAAACGUGCAGCUGCACCUCCUCCCACUAUAGCUGCUGGAGGAAAAGUUGAUGAGAAUGGGGGUGCUCCACAAGCUGCGGCUGCUGUUUUUAUUGACCCUUGGGAAAUGUUUGAUCCAGUUGAUAUCUUGAGUCAAAUGCCUAAAGAUUUUUAUGAGCUAGUUGAAAGCAAAAAAUGGCAGGAGCGUAAAGAGACAUUAGAAGCAUUAGAAAAACUAACAUCAAAUCCCAAACUUGAGGCUGGUCAGUAUGGAGAAGUAUGUGCUGUUUUAAAAAAGGUGAUUACAAAAGAUAGUAAUGUUGUGGUUGUUGCUAUUGCAGCAAAUUGUGUGACUGGUCUUGCAAAAGGAUUAAGAAAAAAAUUUCAAACGUAUUCAGGACUUUUGAUUCCAGCUAUUCUUGGAAAAUUUAAAGAAAAAAAGUUAAAUGUAGUUAUUGCAUUGAGAGAUGCAUUAGAUGCUGUUUUUGCUACGACUAACUUUACUAAUAUAAUGGAGGAUCUGCUUGCAUCAUUGGACAAUAAAAACCCACAAAUUAAAGAGGAAACUUGCAGAUUUAUAACAAGAACAUGCUCCACUUCUACUGUUGCAGCUUUUCCAAAGAGUGUUUUAAAAUUAGUAGCUCCUGCACUAGUUCUUAGAUUAGAUGAUACAGUUGGUUCUGUUCGUGAUACAGCAGCUGAAUCACUUGGGACAGUUAUGAAAUUAGUUGGAGAACGUGCAAUGGCAGCCUAUCUAGAUUCUAUUGAUAAAUUAAAGCAGGAAAAAGUAAAAGAAUAUUUUGAAAAAGCAGUUUUAACACCCAGUGCUGGAGGUGGAGCUUCUGGUAAUGCUGGAGGUGAAAACACAACAACAACUGCUGCUGCUGCACCAGCUGCAUCUGCAUCUUCUAAGGCAGGUCCUUCUAAACCUGUGCCUAAAAGUGUACAGCCAAAAGAAGAAGAAAAGAAACCAGUAAGCAAUGCUCCACCUAAUAAAGUUGUAAAACCAAAGUCUGGUGGAGCAGCAACCAAGCCAGGUGGAAAAAAAGUUGUUGAUCAGAAAAAGAAAAAGAAAAAAGUAAAUGAUUUUGAGGAAGAUCUUAAAGAACUAACCGAACCAGAAUUGCCUGAAGGUGUUGUUGAAUCACAAGCUGAAGGGCUUUUUGGUGAAGAAUGCAUUAAACAAAUGGCAAGUAAUAAUUGGAAAGAACGUCUUGCUGCAGUGGAAGAAAUGACAAAGAAAAUUGAAGGGAUGGACGAUAAAUCUUUUCCAAGUCAAGUAGUUGUUCGAACGCUUGCUAAAAACCCAGGGUGGAAAGAUAGUAAUUUUCAGGUGAUGAAUGUUAAAUUCAAGUUGCUAGCAAUAGUAGCGAAAAAAUCAGAUUUUACACGAAGAAGUGCUUGGUAUGCAGUUGCAGGUCUAAUUUCAAAAAUAGGUGAUGCAAAGCUGAAGACCCAAGUAAGCGAAACGUUAAAAAUUUUUUCUGAAAAUAUAUCACUAAACUACAUUAGUUUAAAGAUAGCUGCAGCUGCUGAGGAAGCUAAAAAUCCUAAACUGCAAUCAGAGGCAUUAGUUUGGAUGAGUGAAGCUGUUAGAGAGUUUGGUUUUAGAAUUGAUUUAAAACCCCAUAUUGCAUUCAUCAAAACAUCAUUGGCUAACACUAAUCCAGCAGUUCGAAAAGCCGCCAUUGAAUUUCUAGCAACUCUGCAUCUUUAUGUUGGGGCUAAUAUACGAGUAUUUUUUGAAGAUGAGAAAGCAGCAUUGCUGCAGCAAAUUGAUGAAGAGUUUUCCAAAAAUAAGGAUCUAAAACCUCCAAUACCUAUACGCAAAUUUAUUGAUGAUGAAGAGGAAGAUAAAGAGGUUGGUGAAGAUAACCAACAAGAAAAUGAAGAACCUGGUGCUGUAGUUGUAAAUUUAGAAGAUAUGGUUGAGCGAGUAAAUAUAAGUGGUAAAAUAACUGACGAAGUGUUGGCAAAGAUUAGUGAUAAAAAUUGGAAAAUUCGAAAAGAAGGAUUAGAAGAGGUUCAAGGAUUUAUAAAUGAAGCAAAAUUUAUUACUCCUGACAUUAAUGAACUUCCGACUUCAAUUAAAGCACGCCUUGCUGAUAACAACAAAGUACUAGUUCAACUAACUAUUAGUAUCUGUAAACAACUUGCUGAAUCUGGAGGUAGUGGAAUGAUUAGGCACAAAGCAAUAAUCCUACCAGCACUUAUAGGAACAUUUACUGAUGCCAAGCCAGCUUUACGUAAUCUUGCAGAAGAAGCCCUUGAUGCAUGGCACAGUAAAAUUGGAUUUUUACCAUUUUUAGAUGGUGAAAUACUUUCCACAGCACUUCAAGUGCAAAAUCCAAACUUGAGAGCAACACUUCUUAGUUGGCUUGAAAAAAAGUUACCUAAUGAAAAAAAGUUACCUGCAGAAUUUAAAGAUAGCAUAUUUCCUUUGUAUGUCUGUCUUGAGGAUAGAAAUCCAGAUGUUCGAAAAGCAGCUCAAGCUGUUGUUCCCCUUUUCAUGGCUCAUGUUGGAUUUGAUGCAAUGUGCAAAGCCACAGCUAAGCUUGAUGCUGCAUCAAAAACUGUAGUUCAAGCAAUUAUUGAUAAAGCUCGGGAAACUUGUGUUCCAAUAGCUGCUCCUGGUAAAAAGGUUCUUGAUUCUGGAAAUAAACAAACUGCAAGCGCACCACAGCCAAUUAAGUCAUCUGCUGCCCCUUCUAAAGUUUCUUCUGAUAAAUCAGAUCUAGAUUUAGCAUCUGUAAAAUCAUCUAAAGAAGUUCCAAAAAAAACUAAAGAGGAAAAACCUGUCAAAGCAGAUCCAAAAAAGAGUGCACCUCCAAAAGCUAGUGGUGGUGUUAGUGGACGGAAGAAGGACUUUGUUGAAGAUGAUGGACCACCAAUAAUAUUAAAAGUCGGCAAAGCUCAACGUAUCAAAGAUGAAAAAGCCCUUAAAGUUUUAAAAUGGAAUUUUACUGUACCACGUGAUGAGUUUCUUGAUCAAUUAAAAGAACAAAUGCUACCUUGCUUCAGUGCAUCUAUGCAUGCAAAACUUUUUCAUAAAGAUUUCAAAUUUCAUCUUGAAGCACUUUCUAUACUCACUUCAUGUGUUACUGAGUAUUCUGAAGCAAUGGUGGAAUCCUUGGAUUUAAUUCUAAAAUGGGUUUCUUUGCGAUUUUUUGAUACUAACACUUCUGUUUUGCUAAAAGCAUUAGAAUUUUUAACUGUGUUAUUUAACUUCUUGGAUAGCAACAAGCAAAAGUUAAACAAUUUUGAGGCAUCUGCUUUUAUUCCAUAUUUAGUUGGAAAAAUUGGUGAUCCGAAAGACAAUGUUCGAAAAUCUGUACAUGAUCUUUGUAGGCUGGUGACAAACAUAUAUCCUGCAAGUCAGAUGUUUGUUUAUCUGAUGCAAGGUCUUGAGUCAAAAAACUCCAAGUCAAGGAUGGAAUGUUGUGAAGAGUUAGGAUUUCUGAUCAGUAAAUUUGGAAUAGAUGUUUGUCAACCAAAUCCAAAAGUUCUUAAAGAUAUUGCUGUUCAAAUUGCUGAUAGGGACAAUGGUGUUCGAUCUGCUGCACUUAAUUGUAUUGUAGAAGCUUAUAACAUUGUGGGAGAUCAAGUUUAUAAGCUUAUAGGAAAGCUUGCUGAUAAGGAAAUGGGAUAUUUAGAGGAGCGAAUCAAAAGAACAGGUAAUAAAAAAGAGCAACCUCCUAAACAGUUAGCUAAUGUAAAACCCAGACAGCCUUCAAAAUCCACUGAAGAUACCAUAGAUUCCAAUGAAGCUGGAGUCCAAGUAAAACAAGAUUUGGAAUUAAAUAAGCCUACUAUCAAAACCAAUGUUCCUCCUCCUCUCCAAAUUAAAAGAGAGUUUGAGCUGGAUCUUCGAUCCAUCGAGGGAGAUGAAGGAAUAAUUACAGCUAAUAUACCGCAAUUAAAGAAAGUCAAUUUAGAUGAUAUAACCCAAGCUGCAAAUAUACCUGAUAAUCUUCUUAAAGCUUAUAGUAGUUCUUCCAAAAUCUCAUCAACGAAUGCUUCAACAACAAAAGAUGUAGGAGAGUUGCUUGAUCUGACUAUUGCUAAAAUUUCAUCUUCUGAUACCCAAGCUGCAAUGGAAUCUUUAGUACAACUUGAAGAUGUAUUUAGAAAGAAAAAAACUGAUAAUGAAAUAGUAAAAAGAGUUGAUCAGUACCUUGUUACUUCAUUGGUGCAAAUGAAAAUGUUGUUUUCUCGACAUAUGCAAAGCACCAAAGAAAAUAGUGAAGAGCAUGAAAGGCUUUUAAAAUUGCUUCUUAGUGGAAUGUUAUCACUAUUUGAUGCGCAAUGUUAUGCUGGUGUGGUAUCAUAUAAUGUACUUAAAGAUGUCAUACUAUAUUUUAUUUCUGUACUUAAUGAUAAACUUUUAAUGAACUUUCAAGAACCAGAUCUCUCUAUUCAAUGUGUAAAUAGACUUCUAUUGCGAGUGAUUACUAAUUCCAAUAAGACAUCUUGCUUAUGUAGUUGCAUAAAACUAUUGCAAGACAUGUCAGAAAAUGAAAAUACAUCAACAUCGCUUAUAAAAUUAGUUAUGAAAUGUAUAUGGAAACUUACUCACCUUCUUCCUGAUUUUAUCAAUGAAGUUCGUCUUCCUGCAGUUUUACUUAGUAUACACACUUUUUACAGUGUGUUGCCUCCAUCUCUUUGGCGUAUUCGUACAGAUCGUGUUCCACAGCAAACAGUUAAAGCAUUGCUACAAACUCUGUGUAAGCUUCGUGGGCCUGAGCUUUAUGACAGUAUAAAUACACUUGAUAACAAAAAUGCCAGUGAAGUCCCAUUAUAUAUAAUGAAACACUGUUCUAAAGGAACGUUAGAUAGCACAGACAGCAAUGGUCCACCACCAAUACGAUUUACUCAGCCUUCAAAUGAAGUUCUUGUUGAGAUAUUUAAAAAAAUAGGUUCAAAAGAGAAUUCUAGAGCAGGUAUACUUGAACUCCAUUACUUUAAACAGCAGUAUCCAGAUUAUGAUGUCAAUCCAUAUAUAAAAAAUACUUCACCAUUUUUUCAAAAUUUUAUUGACCGUUCACUAAAAACUAUUGCCACAGAAGAAAAAUUAAAACUAAUUAAUAAUAGAGAAAAUUCAUCUCAAUCUGCAUUUAGCUCUUCUCACACAAUAUCAGGUUCAGAAUCAGAAAAAUAUAUGGAUAGAUUGCGAAUUUUAAAAGAGAAAUUUCAAAAAUCAAGUCAAAGUCAGCCGUCCACCAGUUCUAUAUCAGAUGAAAUACUUAACGAACCCCAAGUUGAAGUUAAUAAACCUGAAAAAGAAGAUCAAAUAAAGGUUGAUGUUAAGGUAGAAGAAAAAAAAAGUUUUGACCUUGACGAUAUAAAAAAACGUCUUGCACUAAUUAAAGGUAGCAACCGUUAGCAUGUUUCCUAGAAGUUAGCGAAAGUAAUUGUUUUUCGUAAGAGGUUUGCUUGAUUAGCCAACGCACUGCAGCAGCUGUGGAUUUUGCAGAUAAGAUCUCUUAGUCAAAAAAUUCUACUCUGAACUUAUUUAAAUUGCUUGACAAAGGUUUUUGCAUUGUUGUGACUUUCAUAUGACCGUUUUUAAAUAUCCCUUAACAAAACGCAUUUUUCUACACAUGAGUUAACUCAAUAUAGAUGGUAUAUUUUUUCUAGAUGUAAAUCUCAUAAUUUUGAGCUUAUUUGAUCAUCUAUUGUAUUUAUAGCUUUUAGAAUAAUUUAUUUGAAAAUACUUCUCUAAAAUAUUAU